AUGCGUUACUCAAUCCUCUUCGCCGCGGCCGGCGCCUCAGCUGCCUCGCUGGAGAUUAUGACGGCCCCUAACGCCGAGCACAUCGGCUCCCCCGUCCGCCGCGACCUCGCCUCCUGCAACUCCGUUGCCACGGCCGUCCUCCCGCGCAUCACCGACGCGGCCCCCACUCUCCCCGUCGACGUCGCCAACUACCUCGCCUUGUCGGCCUCCGUGACGGAUCCGUGCUCCGACCCGACCAUCACGGGCUCCAUUGGCUCCGCCUACUCGACCUACGCCAAGUCCUUCACCUCGUGGAAGGACGCGCAUAUGAGCGACUUCCGCGCCGUCUGGCAGGCCUGCAGCGACGUCCAGGGCGUCGCGACCGUGUUGCCGCUUGGUACAGGCCAGUGCAGCUCGCUGGUUGCGGAGAUUACCAGCGCUGGGCCGGUGAACCCUGGCGGCGGCAGUGGAGGUGGACUUGGCAAUGGAAAUGGAGAUGGAGGUGGUAGGUCUGGCAACGCGGCUGGCCCGAGGGAGACGGGAGCUGUUAUGGCUGCUGCGGCCGUGGCUGGCUUUGUCGUUGCUGCGAUCAAUUAA